AUUUAAGAUUAAUAUUUGCAGUGAGACAUCGAAUAAACAUAUCUGUCAGAAUUUUGAUAAAUGGUGUCCUUUGAUUCAGUCUUCGCGGAGAGACUGAAACAACUUCAGGCUCAUUGUGAUUUUUUUUCUCUUAAAGAGCUUCAGCAUGAAGAGCUCUCAAUAUAAGCCUGUAUCAAUACAUAAAAACUGUUCAGUAACAACACUUUUACUUUUGAAGCAUUAAAUGCAGACUAGUAAUGUAAUGUUAUAUUGAUGCAUCUUUGUAUAAAAAAUGUCAAAUCCAGUGCGAUAGUGUUUUCUGCUUGAUAAAAAGGACACAAGCUUGAAUUCAUUGUAGAAGUCUAUCUGGAAAUCAUCACUUAGUUAUUGACGUGAAGUAUUGCCUGAAUAAGUGAGUUUUGGAUCCCGACAAACAUUAACAAAACAGCAAAUAACAACAAAAAGGCAUCUAUCAAAAAAACAGUACAUUUCAUUGGUGUCAAAAACUCCACAAUACCCUCUCGAUUUUAGUAAUGGUGCAUUGUGAUCGUAGAUCUAUCCAUAAAGUGUUUGGAGCUGUUGGAGAGGGAUGACGGUGAUCUGCAUCGUUGUAAAUCAUGCUCAGUAAUUCCUGAAAGGGUGAGAGGCUGUUGGGGGCCGGGCGUGGACUGUAAAUCUUUCACUUUUAUUAGCCCGUGAACAUAUGCUGCAAGGGGAGACGACUCGCAUCCUCUCCUCAGGACAAUCCUGCGCUCGGCCGCGUUCCCAAUCGUUUCAUCUCCAUCUUUCCAUCCAGCUUCAUAUCCAUACAGCACAACCAUAAAGCAAGCAUUCUGACUCAGACUACAUAGCAUAACCGCCUUAUAUUUAACCUCUUAAAAAAGUACUCUUAAAAUAACAUUCUAUGUCAUGUAAAAAAAAAAAAAAAAAAAAAUAAAAGUUUUUUUUAAUUUGAAUGUAUUUUAGAAGCAAUUACAAAACACAAUAAAACAGAAAUGCACCACUAGUAAAAAUCUAGACAUUGAAAGUACCCAUUUUUACACUUCAUACUCACAUAUGGAUCAAUACACACUCUUGCUUUUUGAGAAGAACAAUAUAGAAUUUGGGAUGAUUUUGAUGAAUCUCUCUGGCUGACGAGGUCAUACAUUGCUGUCAUUGCCUAAACCAUAAUAGUCAAACAAUAUUUCAGUGGUUUCUUGCAGCCUGUAAUAAACGGAUUUCUUUUCACAACGGCGAGCAAAAAAGUAACAACUAUAUCUGAUAAUCUUCAUCUUAAAUAAGACGAAACAUUCAUAAUGUUGCUGCUUUCAAAGAUGGUCUGAUCGGCAGGCCCAUAACACUGCGUUAAAUAAUAAUAAUAAUAAAAUAAAUAAAUAAAUAAAUACAAGCGUAGAUAUUUAAUAAGACAUGGUGGUAUGAAGAAAAAAAAAUCUAAUGAUUCGCAGAUUAUCCAAUGAUUUGUCUUUUUAAAAAAGACAACGUAAUGAUAAAACUAAUAUAGUUUUGUGCUUCAUUAGCACGUUUUUGUUUUUAUUAUUAUUAUUAUUUUAUUAUGCCUGGGUUUCAAGGCCAUUAUAAACAGCAAUAGUUUUCGCCCUAAUGACACACUCCGAUACAGUGGCUGAGAUCUUGUGCAAAAUCAUUGUACAAUGAUGUGCGGCUGGAGGGAAUGUUACUGCUCUUGCUUUUAAAAUGUAUUUGUGAGGUGAAGCUGGUUGGAGUAGCAGUCUCAAUCAGGACAAUCUACGAUCCGGAUCACGUGAACAAAUAUGCUUGUAUUUUAAGGCAGCGCCUUUAUUUGUCAUGAUAAGGUUUCCGAAAUAUACUAAUGUCGACUCGUUCGGUGAGCCUGCCUCUGUAAAACGUUCAUUUUUUUUUUUUUCCAAUGGGAAGUUGAUUGCUAGUAAUAUUUCGUUUUGGAAUAAGAAGACCUUCUUGGCUUUUUAUUGGUAGCUGAGUGAGUGGCUCCCAUUCUUUCGGGAAUACUGUCUGCAUUGGUAUAUGGAAAUGCCUGGAAAAGCGCGAGAUCAGUUUUAAGACAGUACUGUCUAUAGACAAAGGGUGAAGGAUAUAUCCGAGCAGCUGUACUGAGAGAUAUUGAGACUAAGAAGCACGGCUAUAUAAUAAAUUGACACCACAGGUCGCCGUAUAAAUGAUGAAGAUUGCUUGAGGAGAAAGAGAGGAGAGGAAACCACAGACUGCGCAGGUCAAAGGACAGAAAAUCUGUGGGAAGCUCCAAUCACGUGAUUGGCAAGUCCAUGCAACUGGACAGGAGUUCACAGGCUCUCUUAGUUUGAACCUUCACAAUGCAGAAAGCCACUUAUUAUGACAACGCUGGACUUUUCGGAGGAUAUUCGUACCCUAAAUCUGACUCCUAUACAUAUGGUCCUACGCACCAGGGCUUCUCAUCCUCCAGCAUAGAGAAUGACUAUCAAAAUCCUAUCUGCCCCAUUCAAACCACAUCAGUCCGGCCACCAGCACAUAAAAACGGAGACAUCAAUGGAAGUUGUAUGCGACCAAGUGCCAGCCAGGGCAACAGCCAGCCAGAGAGUAUCAGCGAGCAGCAGCAGCAGGCUGCUCCUUUAGCAGCCAGCUCACCGAGCCCUAACACCAACUCCACACAAAAAAAGAAAUCUCCCAGCUCCACUGGCUCCAGCACUGCCACCCCAGUCAUCACCAAGCAAAUUUUCCCAUGGAUGAAAGAGACCCGCCAAAACGCAAAGCAGAAAAGCACCAACUGCCCAACUGCAGGAGAAACCUGCGAUGACAAGAGUCCACCUGGCCCUGCCUCGAAGCGAGUGCGCACUGCCUACACCAGCGCCCAACUAGUUGAACUGGAGAAGGAGUUUCAUUUUAAUCGCUACCUGUGCCGUCCCAGAAGAGUGGAGAUGGCUAAUCUGCUCAAUCUCACCGAGCGUCAAAUAAAGAUCUGGUUUCAAAACAGGCGGAUGAAGUACAAAAAAGAUCAGAAAUCUAAAGGCAUAAUGCACUCUCCCUUAGGACACUCUCCGGACAGAAGCCCGCCGUUAAGUGGCUCGAAUCAUAUUGGAUAUUCUGGUCAGCUUCCAAACGUAAACAGCCUGAACUACGACGCGCCAUCUCCUCCGUCAUUCGCCAAACCGCAACAGAAUAUGUACGGCUUGGCAGCCUACACGGCGCCAUUGGGCGGCUGCAUACCGCAACAGAAAAGGUACCCGGGAACAGAGUACGACCACCACAGCAUGCAGGGGAACGGCAGCUUUGCUAAUGCUAAUUUACAAAGUAGCCCUGUGUACGUCGGCGGAAACUUCGUUGACUCAAUGCCAGCUUCGGGCCCCAUGUUCAACCUCGGUCAUCUUCCCCAUCCCUCAUCCGCUAGUGUGGACUACAGCUGUGCCGCUCAGAUUCCGGGUAACCACCACCAUGGACCGUGUGACCCCCACCCCACAUACACAGACCUCAGCUCUCACCAUGCGUCUCAGGGAAGGCUACCGGAUGCGCCCAAACUCACGCAUCUGUAAGGAUCCCAUCCGUGUGCUUAAGCGCAAUGUCGCUUUUUUAUUACCUCACUAGUUAAACUAAUUUAUAAAACUACACUCCGAGAGAAACAUACCGUAUUAUCCUGUAUUAUUAUUAUUGAUAUUACUAUUACUGCUAUGAUUGUAAUUAUUUUUAAUAAUAGCUGUGGUCCAUUUCUCUUGACUAUUGAAGUCACGCGGUUGUUGUUGUCAGUUGUUUGGUUCUCGGAAGAACCGAGUUGGCAAAAUGAGGGCAAUUUCCAUAACGUAUUACUUGAAGGUAAGUUCUGUAGAUUUGACAGUAUAGGCAUCCGUCUUUAUAGAAAUGGGAUUUGUAGAGGAAAGAACCAUUGCGUCUUUGUUAAGUCGUCUGUUCUUCUCACGGGUUCUUCCUAUUUUCUCUAUUAUUUAUUAUUUUCCUCCAAGAUUGAAUGACGAACAAUUAUAUUGACUGAGUAUUAUAUUUAUUAUUUAUCAUUUUAUUGCACAUUAUUUAUCUUCUCAUGUAUAUUAUUUAUAUAACAGUUGUAGAAUUUAUUUGAGCAGAAGCCGUUGAACUGGUGCAAACAAGGUGAUAAUGUGGGACUGGUGUAUUUCUUUCUUCAUUCAGUAAUAAAAUAUUGUGAAAAUGAAGAAUUAACAAGAAUCUUGAAAUUGUAAUUAUUACAUUUGGGAAUUUGGCAAUCUUUAAUUAGCUUGCCAUGGUUAACAUCAUGUUGCUUAAAAACACCAGCACGUACCGACACAUCCUCACGUUCAUUAUAAACGUUAUUUUGUAAGUUGCACUGUCCAUGCAUAAAAUGAUGAAAUGGUAACGAUAUGGAAAUGGUAUAUUUUAUUGUGUUAAACAUUUUGUAAAUAAAGUGCUUUAGCUAAACAAAUGAAA